AUGGAGACGGAGGUCGAUAAAGCGAUUCUUAAGUCUUCCGGGGCGGAGCUUCUUCCCGACGGACGUCGAGGUCUGCGCAUCCAUGGCUGGGAGAUCGAAACCCUCCGUGGCACGAUUCUCACUUCUCUCGCUGUCCAGGAGUGGGAAGAAAAGCUUCAGACAUCUCACUUACCUGAAAUGGUGUUUGGGGAGAAUGCAUUAGUCCUGAAACACUUGAGUAGCCACACUAAGAUUCAUUUCAAUGCAUUUGACGCACUAACGGGCUGGAAGCAAGAAGGGCUUCCACCUGUAGAAGUUCCUGCUGCUGCACAAUGGAAGUUCAGGAGCAAGCCGUCCCAGCAGGUGAUACUGGAUUAUGAUUACACUUUUACAACGCCCUACUGUGGAAGUGAAGUCGUUGAGAAAGACCAAAAAGAGGUUGAGGAAAAAGCGAAUCCUGAUGGGGAAGCUAGUCUUCUUCAGUGGGAGAACUGUGAAGAGCAGAUUGAUUUGGCUGCUCUCUCACUUAAAGAACCUAUUCUGUUCUAUGAUGAGGUAGUUUUGUAUGAAGAUGAACUGGCUGACAAUGGAGUGUCACUUCUGACUGUGAAAGUGAGAGUCAUGCCAAGCUCAUGGUUCCUCCUCUUACGAUUUUGGCUUAGAGUUGAUGGUGUGCUUAUGAGAUUGAGAGAGACGAGAAUGCAUUAUGUGUUUGGCAAAGGUGAGACACCCACUGUUCUUCGUGAAAGCUGUUGGAGGGAAGCAACAUUUCAGUCUCUAUCUGCGAAAGGGUAUCCAGUUGAUUUAGCAGUCUAUAGCGACCCGAGCUCCAUCAGUCAGAGGCUUCCGGUGGUUAAGCAGGUGACACAGAAACUGAAGAUGCCUCGCAAACUGUAA